UAACGGACCAGAAUUUCCUCUAUCUGUUUGUUAUCGUUGAGGGGCACGCCUGCUAAUAAUUAUAUGAAAUAUCACUGCUAAAUUUCAGUGUGUGCGUAAGAAGAGACGACAAUGCUGCACACGAGUGUAGAAACACACUGAGUGUGUAUUUGUCUGUUUUUCACGUCUGAGCGGUCUCUAGUCACUGAGAUGUCCCUGGCACAGAGGGUUUUGUUGACCUGGGUCUUCACCCUGGUCUUCCUCAUCAUGCUGGUACUCAAACUGGACGGGAAGGUGCAGUGGAACUGGUUCCUCAUCUUCCUCCCCGUCUGGGUCUUUGACGGCAUCCUCAUCCUCAUGCUGGCCAUCAAGAUGGCCGGCCGCUGCAAGCCUGGGUACGACCCUCGCAAUGGCUCUCCAGACCUGCGCCUGCGUGCCUGGUACCUGACAGCCAUGCUGCUCAAGCUGGGCUUCUGCCUGACACUGUGCGCCAAGCUGGAGAAGCUGGCGGAUGUAAAGCUGACAUUUGUGUGCAUACCUUUGUGGACCAUGUUGCUGGGGGCGCUGGUAGAGCUGGGGUUGAACAUCUUUCCUGAAAGAAGGGAAGCAUAAAAGGGAUUCAAGAAUUUAUUGAGGAAAGAUACGUCGCACUAUUUCUUCUUGAAAACUUGAGCUUUUGUUUUCCAGAAAGGACUGACACUGACAAAGGAGUCAAAUGAUCAUCUCAGACAUUUGUGUAAAAAUACUCAUAAGGUAAUCUGAUUUUCCAAAUGGCUAGAAAAGAUGGCACCGUGUACAUAAAAUGUACAAGAAUACUGUGAAUUCUACACUGGAGAAAAAAUUUAAUAUCCUCUGCUUUUCUUUUUAACUUUAGAUAUUCAGUAUUGUUUUACUGAGUUUAUUUCCACUGUAAAUAAGCUAGCAGAAGAAGAACUGGCACAUUCUGCUGCAUUACUUUAUCUACCCUUUAUUAGUUCUAAAAUAACAACGGUGGAAAUUCUCCACGUUUUUGGACAUCACACUGCUGUUUUAACACGCAAAGUCUUCUCAUUUUCAUUCCUUGACUGUGGAGAAACGAUGGCAGACUAUUAUUUCACAAGCUAGAAUUUAACUUUUACAAACAGUGUGGAUUUUCUCCUGACAAAUAAGGACAAAAACUAAAGAUAAUCUUAAAAACUUGCUGGUGACACAAAAGCAUUUUCAAACAACUUGUGAUGCUCAUAUUUUCCUCCACAGACUUCCUCCUCUGCUUCAUACAAAGUUUCUUUUGUACCACGUAGCUCAUCAUGUGCCCUGUGUUAGCUGAUAUUAGGUACAAAGGUCUAAGGUUGAUGGGAAACAAAACCUGGCAUGCUUGUUGAUCAAGGUGAGAAACAGGCAGGGAAGUAUGGGAAGCUAUGAAGGUGUACCUUGAGCCUAUUAGAAUGUUUUCUACCUGCACAUUUUAUGGUUUGAUAUUUCCUGUUCAUGGUACUGCUGACACUGAGAAAUUUGUUUUGUGCCAUUUAAUUGUAAUAAGUAUUUAAUCUGCAUUAUUUUGCACUGUGUUGUAAAUGAGUGGGCUAUUUGAGGUCAAAAGUGUUUGAUAUU